AUGGUGAAACUGAAGGAGUUUUUCCUGCUUGGUCCCGCAGAGGCAGGGGAGGACGAGCGGCUGCUCAAGGAUCUUCUCGCUUCUUCUUCUUCUUCAGAUAAGGAAGCCCUUGCUAUGUCUGCAGGAGUGGAUGAAGAGAAUACAGAGACACAGUCCGAUGAAUCUACUAAGGGGGAUUGUGACUACGCCGGGUCUGUAAUCGAAGCCACCGUAUCGAGUGAAGAUCUCAAUGAUAGGCAUGGCAGUGCCGGUGACAGCAACAACCAAUGUGCUGAAUCUGAUGGUGCUUGCUAUCAAGUGCCUGAAACGGGCUCUGAGAGCAGCAACGUUGAGUGCGCUGAUGAAGUGCCUCAAAUCAGAUCCAAGAGCAGUAAUGAUGAAGAUAGUGCUGAUGAAAUGCCGGGAACCCUCUCCAAGAGCAGUAGCAAUGACAGCAGUGAGUGUGCUGAUCGGAGCUCUCCGCGAGCUGUGCUAGAUAUCUCAGUAUCUGGUAGCAUGGACUCGGAUGACAGUGUCUCAGUCGAGCAGUCAGCAGAGUCAAACCAUAAUGUGCAGUGGAGGAACCUGAUCAGCAGUCUAAUACUUAGGAGAAAGAAGUCCAUGGGCAGAGCAGUGACGUUCCCUCAGAGAUCCAAGAGCAGAGGGCUUAGAGGGUACCUGGAGAGAAUGCGGAGUGGUAAGAACCAAAAGGACUGCAGUGCCAUUGCUCCUGAGAUCCUCCCUGAGAUUGGGAAAUGGAGGCCAUCAUGGCGAAGCUUUGACUACAACGAGCUUUGUGCUGCAACUGACAGUUUUAGUUCAGAGAAAAUGAUUGGGAAGGGAGGGCAUGCCGAGGUAUACAAAGGCCAGCUUGCUGAUGGACAAUGUGUGGCAGUGAAGAGAUUAACAAAAGGCGGUAACAAAGAGGACAGAGUUAGCGAUUUCUUAUCUGAGCUUGGAAUAAUAGCCCAUGUUAACCACCCAAACGCAGCACAGCUCUUGGGGUUCAGUGUGGAAGGGGGUUUGCACUUGGUUCUUCAGUUUUCACCUCACGGAAGCCUUGCUUCUGUUCUACAUGGUACAAAGGAGCCCCUGAAGUGGAAAGUCAGGUUCAACAUUGCACUUGGAAUUGCUGAAGGGCUGCUUUAUCUACAUGAAGGCUGCCAUCGCCGCAUAAUUCACAGAGACAUCAAGGCAUCUAAUAUCCUUUUAACUGAAGACUACCAACCUCAGAUAUCAGAUUUUGGGCUUGCAAAGUGGCUCCCUGACAAAUUGACCCAUCAUGUUGUGUAUCCCAUUGAAGGCACAUUCGGGUAUAUGGCCCCAGAAUACUUCAUGCAUGGGAUCAUAAAUGAGAAGACCGAUGUGUUCGCAUAUGGAGUUCUACUUCUUGAACUAGUUACCGGGCGGAAAGCGGUGGACUCAUCCAGACAGAGCCUAGUGAUAUGGGCAAAACCGCUGCUUGAUGCGAACAACAUCAAAGAGCUGGUGGAUCCUUCCCUCGGCAACGAGUAUGACCCUGAAGAGAUGGUGUACACCCUAGCAGUGGCAUCCUUGUGCAUUCACCACAGCUCAACCACGAGGCCUAGUAUGAAAUCGGUAGUCUGUUUCUUGAAGGGAGACCGGGAGUCACUUGAGCUAGUGAGAAGGCCUAAAAUCGUGAAGCCCCUGAUGUUUGACUCAUGCGAUUCAGAAGAUUACACGCGCUCGAGUUACCUCAACGAUCUCAACCGGCACAAGCAGCUCGCAUUAGAGCAGUGA